ACUUGAACGGCAAGCCGCUGAUUGGCCUCGGCCCGGAGUGACGUCAGGAGGCUGUGAAUAAGGCUGGCUCGUGUGCUUUCAGGAACAUGCAGAACACCGGAGGCUGUUCGGGGAUCGUCAUCAGUCCUGCAACGAGAUGUCACGCGCAUUCUGUUCACACUAGCAUCUUUCUUUCACCUCUUCUGUCUUACCGAGGAAAACAGCACGUUACAGAGGGACACGCACUUUUCAAACGCGUUUGGUCAUUGCAUCUUUCAGAGGGACGUAUACAGUGGAUACGUGGACAUGGUAAAGUGCACUCCAGUGUCUCUGGGCUCGCGUGUCUCCUGUGUUGAAGACCGGUUGCGUUAGAUGCUCGCUUAUGAAAGACUUGAAUGAACAUCAUCACCAAUGCUUCACCUUGUUGACAACGGCGACUUGCUUUUUCCGCAAUGAUGUCCAUGUCUUUGUAGCCAACGAACAGUUGGUGUUUUGAAAGAUUUCUCUAUGCUGGCUUCAUUUGUGCAUCUCAGAAUUUGGGAAGGAAGAGGAUGAGAAAUAAUGACUGACAACUGAAGCACUACCUCAUGAGAAGAUCCUCUUUUAUCAUCUUGAUUUUGGACCGCUACAGGUCCAUCCGCAUACACAAAAGUGGGGAAAACAGGAGCAGCAGACCCUCAGGUUGUGGACACCACGGCAGUAACUGUGGGAGCACAUCCAAAGACGAUGGUCCACUGUGCGGGCUGCGAGAGGCCUAUAUUAGACAGGUUUCUCCUUAAUGUUCUGGACAGAGCAUGGCACAUCAAGUGUGUACAAUGCUGCGAGUGCAAAUGUAACCUAACAGAGAAAUGCUUCUCUCGAGAAGGAAAACUCUAUUGCAAAAACGACUUCUUUAGGCGCUUUGGAACGAAAUGCGCAGGUUGUGCUCAGGGGAUCUCGCCGAAUGACUUGGUCCGGAGGGCACGGAGCAAAGUCUUUCAUCUGAACUGCUUCACAUGCAUGAUGUGUAACAAGCAGCUAUCAACGGGGGAGGAAUUGUAUAUCAUAGACGAAAAUAAAUUUGUCUGUAAAGAAGAUUAUUUAAGCAGCUCGAACGGAAAAGACGCCAAUCUCCUUUCAGUUACAGCUUGCAGUGACCCUAGUUUAUCGCCAGAUUCGCAAGACCAGCUACAGGACGAUGUCAAGGAUGCGGAAAGCGCAAACUUAUCGGACAAAGAAACGGGUAACAAUGAAAAUGAUGACCAGAACCUCGGAGGCAAACGGAGAGGACCGCGUACCACGAUUAAAGCAAAGCAGUUGGAGACACUGAAAGCGGCAUUCGCGGCGACCCCCAAACCAACCAGACACAUCAGGGAGCAACUGGCGCAGGAGACGGGGCUCAACAUGCGAGUUAUUCAGGUAUGGUUUCAGAACCGGCGGUCUAAAGAGCGGCGCAUGAAACAGCUGAGCGCGCUCGGCGCGAGGAGACACGCGUUCUUCCGGAGUCCGAGAAGAAUGCGAACGCUCGUGGACAGACUCGAGCCUGGAGAAUUAAUUCCAAACGGCCCGUUUUCAUACUAUGGAGAUUAUCAGAGCGAGUACUACGGCCCGGGAGGGAAUUACGACUUCUUUCCCCAAGGCCCUCCAUCUUCACAGGCCCAGACUCCAGUAGACCUCCCCUUCGUUCCUUCGUCAGGACCCACCGGUACCCCGCUAGGGGGCAUGGACCAUCCUAUCCCCGGCCACCAUCCGUCCAGUGAAGUACAGCGCUUUUCAGAUAUCAUGUCUCACCACCCAGGGGACUCGCCCAGUCCAGAGCCAGGGAUACCUGGGCCCCUGCACAGUAUGUCCUCAGAUGUUUUUGGACCUAGUCCGUCCUUUACAUCCCUCUCCCUCAACGGCACCGGAUACAGCAACCACCUCUCCCACCCUCCAUCAGAAAUGAACGAGGGCACGGUCUGGUAGCUCCUGUGAACGGACAUUUCAGCAGAGAGAAAUUAUGAUAAACAGAGGAGGGAGGGAGGGAACAGGGACACUGGCCGCACAUUCUGGUUAUCAUUUUUGUCCUUUCCCCCCUUUUUUCCAUGUCAUAAAUGUGGUGGGACAGCUCACAGAGAGAGCAGCAGAGGGCAGCAUGGGCAUUGACAUUUAUCUUCUUGAACUCAUUGUGUUGAUGUUCCGUUUCCUUCUUUCUUUCUUUAUCCCAAGUCCGAACUCAAGAAGAGAAAGAAUUUAUACUGUUGACCAGGUCGCUGUAUGAACUCCCAGCACAGCAGAGUCCCUCCAGAAGCUCAAUACGUAUCACCGGUUAAAUCGCCGCUCUAAAACAGCGAUAGCGACACAUUAACAGCGUCAGCUACCGUCAAAGACUUGUCAGCUUUACAGAGAAACACCCAAGGCGGCUGAUCUAACGCUAACCUGCAAUGUUGACUCCAGGAAAGAUCUAAGCCGUCAGACUAAUUUAUUUAUUUGAAAACUCCUCAGACCUCCUUGCCUUUCAAGGCUCUGCCAUACUGACACUUAAACAACCUUUUCGACACUAAAUAUGUUUCUGAAGGCCAGGGAGAAAAAGCUUUUUUUUCUCUCUUUCUGGGCAUAUCCUGUUUUUGUUCCCCAAGAAUUCCACCAAAUCUGAAGAAGUUAGCCUUCAAAAGGCAAAAUGUUGAAAUGUGUACGGAUGGUGAACCCUUUAUUUAAUGGAAGAGAACUUGAAAUGUUGAUAAAUGAAGUCUACCUUCUAAAAUUAUUUUAACAAGGGUCUGAAAGGGACAUAGAACAGUCAACUGUUUACGUAAUAUAUUUAAUUCAGGAGUUAAAAGUAUCAACCAUGAUUUAGAACCUCUUGAUCCAGAAAAAAAUGUUCCAAGCAACCAACCAAACUUUUGUAUUGAUUUUAUUUAUAUUGUAUGAUGGAAGUUUGCUGGGGUUGUGGUUCACUGUGCUAGUUUGUACAAAAUGUUGUUUACAAAAACAAAAAAAACAAAAAAAAUGGAAAAAAAAAACAAGUAGACAGUUGCCAAAUAAAAACAUAGCACAAAUACUGUAAAAGUGCUUUGCACCAUUAUCUGCAGAACGUGUUGAAACAAAGUGUAAGUGUUUAAAAAACAAUAAGAAGUAUUGACUUCUUAAUUUUUUUAGUCUGCUGAAAAAACAUUCAUAAAUUGUUAAUAUAACAUACUUAGACCUACAAGUUUUAUUUUUGUGUCUUUAAAGGAAAAUCCAAACUAUUGAAAUUGAUGGUCAAAUGUGCAGCAAGCAGCUGCUACUUUCUUUAAAUAUCAAAUUCUCAUGGUAUGUCUUUUAUUGUUCUAAUAAACCUAAGCUUACGUGA